AUGACUUUGAAAUCCGAUGCUCUUCGUGCCCUCCGCAAGUUUGCUUCAUGCGAUAUAGGCGAUGCCCUUGUUAGACUCGGGGUCCCUAAUGGAGGCUACCUGUCGGGACUGAAGAUGUACUCGCCCGGAGUGAUGUGCACGAAGACUCGGAUUUUCGGACCGGCGUACACGGUACGGAUGGUGCGAGAUUCCGACAAGGCAGCUCCGAGUCCUUCCAAGCAUUUCGCAGACGCGAUCCCGAAAGACAGCGUUGUUUUUGUGUCCCAGCCCAAGGGCCUGGUUAGCGCAUGCUGGGGAGGGCUGAUGAGUACGAGAGCGAAGAAGCUGGGCGCCGCCGGGGUUGUUAUUGACGGUCGCUUUCGAGAUCUCGCUGAGCAUCAGGAGCUGGGAAUCGGCCUCUUCGCAAGGGACAUAAGCAUCCUAGGAUCGAACACCUUCACUCGAUCGUCCGAGCUCAACGUCCCUGUCACCUACACCAGUACGGAAGGUGGGGAUGCAGUGGUUAUCCAGCCGGGCGACUACAUUGUGGGGGAUGCCGACGGAGUGGUUGCGGUGCCGGUGGACAAGGUGGAGGGGUGCGUGGAGCUUUGUCAGAAGAGAUAUGAGAUUGACGAAGAGACUCGUGCUGGUCUGGAGAAGGGAGAGGAGAUGGGCCCGACAAUCAAGAGGCUGCGAACGGCCAAGCGCAUCAAGUGUGAUGGGGGCAUUCCCGCUUGCUCAAAUUGCGCAAAGGCUGCCGCUCCCUGCGUAGAUGUUGACGGCCGCAACAACGAUCGGUCCAUUCCUCGCGACUAUGCUGCUCGAUGCCAUGCCCGCAUUCAGUGGUUGGAACAGCACAUCAAGAUACUCGACGCCGAUUUUGAUCUUACACAAGGGCCGCAGCUGGACACGAGUGCUCCCGAUGGCGAUUCUUCGAGGAACUUGUUGGAAAGGCCGUCGCCGGACACAGCGCGUCAGACGAGUGAACCGGCAUCGUCACGAAAACGGCCUCUUGCUGCCCUCCAGGCUUCUGAUUCAAAUCCGCCAGACCCUCCCCCAGCUGCUGAAGCUCGUUCGGUUGCUGUCGAUUUAGGAAUGCUUUCCCUUCACUCAGAUUCCCGUCAGAAACACUAUCUUGGAUCUUCGUCGGGGCUCUUCUUCACAAAUUUGAUCGGUGCUCACGCCGAUGCCCUUUCAAGCCCGGCUUCGACGUCGACCGGUCCAAUCCGGAGUCAUCAUGAACCCUCGCACCACUCCGCCGACUCCUACCGCAUACUUUACAAGAAGCUAUCAACUGAACUUCCUUCCCCUGAGGAAGCUUCAACAUUGUUUGACGUCUAUCUUCGUGAAAUCCACAUUGAUCAUCCCUUCCUCCACCCAGCAUCGCUACUCGAUGCUUAUAACGCUCUUCGCCUCUGCGUCGAAUAUGGGCUUGACCGCACUCACAAUGUCGACCCCAAUGGUUGGCCGGAUGAGAUCCCCCCGUUUCUCUACAACGGACGGUGUGACAGUGUUGCCGAUAAAGAUGCCAUCCCCAUUCCAAUUCACACCGCUGUGUUGCAUGUCUUUAUGGUGUUUUCUCUCGCGGCGACGGUCCUUACUCGCAAUAAAAACUUCGACUUCUCACCAACUCGCUUUUACAAAGUUGCGGCAGCUGCAGCGCCGGAGUGUUUGUCUAGCAUAUCGUUAACUGCAUUGCAGAGCGUCAUACUUUUCACAAUACAGGGCAUGACCGCUCCUACCAAUCUCAACAUUUGGACCUUGGUACAUGUAGCCAUGUCUCAUUGUAUCGACCUGGGUUUGCAUCGGGAGCCCAGGGACGUCUCCGAUUCUUCACCAACUUUACUCUCGGUGCGGCGUUUUGUAUUUUAUACCAUCUACAACCUGGAUCGAUCCAUUGCGACUAUCCAAGGUCGUCCGCUCGGCAUACGUGACGAGACCUUCGAUCUCCGAAUGCCGACUCUCAAUGAUGUUCCCGCGGACUGGGGGUUACCGGCGAAUGGCAUGAAUGGCCAUUACGCCCGCCUUUCGGAAGACAUGGCGCUGUCUAUCCAACGAUUUGCACUAGAUUGUCAUAUCUCGGAAAUCAAGAUGCUGUUUUACCAUCUCCCCACCGAGGGCAGGGUAUUCCAUUGGCCCGCGGACCAUACCACGGAGCAGAGCCGUAUGAAGGCAGCUCUUGAUGGGUGGCUCGCGGAAACCAGACACACGUGGUUGGGAUCAGACGCGCAUCAGCAGCAGAAUGAGGCCGAGCUAGCAAAAAUCCGCCUUAAAUGGCUUAAGCUUGAAGUGCUUUAUCAUGGAGCUGUGACGCUCUUGUACCAACCAUCGCAGGCAGUUCCGUCUCCAACACAUUCUGCCCUUCUCCAGUGCUAUCAGUCUUCCAGUGAGCGUAUCCACAUUUACAAUCGCCUCAACGAUGAAGAGAGCCUUUAUUAUAACUGGCGAAAUAUCCAUGGUAUCUUCUCGUCCGGAGCGACCAUUGUGUACUGCCUCUGGGCGUCGCCCGACAUACAACUUGUGGUUCCGUUCGCGGACGCAUUGCGCGACCUUCGAGUAUGUUCGAACCUUCUUAGUAUCGGCGGACAGUGGUGGCCCUCGGUGCGCAAUGGAAGAGAGAACUUUGACAGGAUCGUUGACCUAACUAUCAAGCGGCUGAGCCGUCUGCGAGCCAGUGGCUCUGGCUCGUCGUCCGAUUUACAGUUACCUCGUUCGAAAAGCCGAGUAACUGGCGAUGGGCAGUCUGUCGAUCCUCUGCUCCACGAUGAACCUGCAUGGAAAUCUAAUGGCACAUUGGGCACGGUCGGCGACCCGGGGCAAUCCACUGACCCUCUUCCAGCGAUGCAACCAUUUCCAUACGAUGGGCAAUAUCCUGAUGAAUUCGCAACGACACCGGUAGACUCCAUGAUGGAGAGCUUUUUCGCAGAGUAUCUUCACGGAGAUUGGGGGUGGGACCCCUUUUCCGUCUGCUUGGACACCUCUGUGCUUUGA